CUUCUAGAUAAACCAACGACGGUUUCCCCCCACCUCAUAUCACCGUCGCUAUCGCCGUUGCUGUUCCGUCGCCAUGUCUCUCUGCUCAUCUUACCGUCGAAUCUCCACCCAUUUCCUCCCACUCCCACCUUCAAUCUUCAAACCCCUAAACCCUAAACCCCCUUCAUCUUUCCCCAUUUCACCCAAACCCCAUCUUUCCAAAUCUUUCACCGUCCGAUCAACCCCCACCACCAAGCCCUCUUCCCCUGACCCCAAUCUUCAUCAUUCGAACAAUCAAUAUCUCAUCUUUGAACAACUCCCACAAAACCUUCAACAAAUCAUCAAACUUUUCCAAUCCGUACAAGACCCAAAAGCCAAAUACGAACAACUCUUAUUCUACGGCAAAAACCUCAAACCCCUCGAACCCCAGUUCAAAACAGACGAAAACAAAGUCAAAGGUUGUGUUUCACAGGUCUGGUUAAGGGCUUAUUUUGAUGAUUCGAAUAAGAAAGUUGUCAUCUUUGAAGCUGAUUCUGAUGCUUUGAUUACCAAAGGGUUAGCUGCUUUACUUGUUCAGGGUCUUUCAGGUUGUUCUAUCGAAGAAAUUGUUAAGAUUUCCCCUGAGUUUAUUGUGUUGUUGGGUUUGCAACAGAGCUUGUCUCCUUCUAGAAACAAUGGGUUCUUGAAUAUGUUUCAGUUGAUGCAGAAAAAGGCCUUGAUGUUGUUUGUUGAAGCUGAGAAAGGGAGUGUUUCAAGAACCGAAAAUGUCGAGAGCCCGAAAGCAGAUAGCGAUUCGGGCUCAAGAACUUCUGAUUUUGAAUUAAGUAACAGUUCUUCAACUGUUGAUGUUUCCAGUUCAGAUGGUUUAGUUUUAGGAAGCAGGGGGCAGAGGAUUAGGGAGAUUUUGAAUAAGGAGUUGCAGCCUGUUGAGUUGGAGUUAGAGGAUGUUUCGUAUCAGCAUGCGGGUCAUGCGGGUGUUAAGGGGAGUAGUAAUGGGGAGACACAUUUUAAUUUGAGAGUGGUUUCGAAGGAGUUUGAAGGGAAGAGUAUGGUGAAGAGACAUAGGCUUGUUUAUUCGCUUUUGGCUGAUGAGUUGCAGAGUGGAUUGCACGCAUUGUCCAUCGAGGCUAAGACGCCUGCUGAAGUUGGUCGUUAGGAAAUUAUGGUUUUCACACAAAAGUCAAAAUAUACAUCUUCUGCAGCAUGAUAAGAAGAUAUAUCUGCUUUAUACUUUCAUGUUCCACAAGAAUCUUGCUUUCGAUUGUGUUGUCCUCACUUCUGAUGUAACAGGAAACAAAAAACUCGGAGCAAAUACUGCGUUAUAUACAGAUUUUUGUAGGUAUAGAUAGUGCCCAAUUGUCAAUUAUACACACGAGAUACGGUUGAACCGAGUCGAUUUAGAUCUCAGUUCAACCUGUUGAAGAAAAGCAAAAAAAAUGAAAAGAGAUGAAUAACGAUAUAAAUAACAUUUCAUCUCUUAGUUAUGCAGCGUCUCGCCAUGAGUAAACCAGACGGUGGACUGCUCAUCUGCAACUCGCAUCGACUAUGCAACCAGUACGAGAAAUGAAUCAAACCGAAGCUUACUCGUACUUUAAACGUCCCCUUCACACUGUACAUAACUUUGUUGCUCAAAACCUGCCGUUUAAGCUCCAUCGCGUGAUUCGACGGCAGGGGCACUAGGCUCGAUACGAAAUGAAGCUUGACCACACCCGUCUCUCUUUGCCUUUGACUAAACGGUCUGAUCGAUUGAUUCGCGAU